UGGAGGCUAACCGACGAUUAAACCAAAUAUUUUGCAAAUACGUGUCUGAAAGGGUUUUCAAAUUGCUGCUAAAACACGAGCAGUUCUCUCUACAAACGCUAGACGUCAGUACAAUAACUUGCAGAGUUUAGUUUUCUCUUGUGCUUUCCGGGAUAUAAAGUGAAACUGCAGCUGGCUCCAUACUGAACUGCUGCCUUAUUUUACAGGUUACUCAUCGCGUCGUUACUGGAGGUGUCAGGAUGUCAGCUGUUAAGAUGACAGAGGGGUGUGUGCAGCUGGUGGGCUGCAAAGCGCCGCUCUUCUACAGACAAAGUGAACCCGCCGCUGGGGAGGCCAGGAUGUCAGUUUUACUCCUUCACGGCAUCCGUUUCUCCUCAGAAAACUGGCUCAACAUCGGCACUAUGGACACUCUGGCCAAAGCAGGCUGUCGUGCCGUCGCCAUCGACCUGCCAGGACUCGGUCGGUCUAAGUCCGCUGAGGCCCCGGCAAAGGUCGGAGAACUGGCCCCAGCAGGUUUCCUGAAAGAGGUGUGUGAGCAGCUGAACCUGAGCCCGGCAGUGGUGAUCAGCCCGUCCCUCAGUGGGAUGUACUCCCUCCCCUUCCUCCACCAGCACCAGGACCUGAUACGAGCCUACAUCCCUGUGGCUCCCAUCUGCACAGACAAAUUCACAGCAGAGCAGUACCAGAGUGUCAAGGUCCCAUCGCUCAUUGUUUAUGGUGACCAGGACACUCAGCUGGGAGAGCUGUCACUCAGAAACCUGAGCAAUCUGGCCAACCACAGCGUGGUGGUGAUGAAAGGAGCAGGUCACCCCUGUUACCUGGAUGACCCGGACACUUGGCACAAGGCUCUUACAGACUUCCUUAAUGCGCUGUGAAGCUCUUCUCUGUUUAUCAGUGGACUCUCAACAACGCAGUCACACAUAAGUGACUCAGAUGAGCCACACAAAUAAACACAUUAUAUUCGCUCAUGAGAAAUCUGGGCCACAGUCGUCCUUCUGCAUGACCUGAUUUUGACUUUUUAAGUAGUGUCAGUAAUAAAACUGGAAAUCAAGAGAGAUGAGAUGAGGCGCAAAUUUCUGAAGGAAUAUUUCUUCUGAGACGUACGCUUAUUCAGUUUGCUGCCAGAAGUUAGAUAAGAAGAUUAACUUCCAUAUGCUAAAUAUGAAGGUACGGCUAACUUAGCUUAGCUUGAAGACUGUAUUCAGAGGGAAGCAGCUAGCCUGGCUUUGUGCAAAAGUAAAAUCAGAGGGGAAAAAAAAAACAAAGAUAAAAUGAAUGUUAUGUCUCAUUUAUGAAUAAUUAAGUGAAGUGUAAAACCCACAAUGUACGGGUGUACAGGGGACUUUACAGGAUUAUGAUAAAAUUAUGUAUAUCUAGAUUUUAUACUGAAUGAGUUAAAUCUUCACCUGUCUCAUUCUAAAAAAAAAAACAAAAAACAAAACACCACACUGAAAUGAAGUGAAAAAUAUGAACAUUAUUUAAUAACUGAUUCUCUGUAAUAAACAAUUUGAAAAUA